AAUUACACGAAGGACUUAAAAUAGCUCCGGUUUGGUGUUUGCUCCAUUAGGAUGUGUCAGGGGUUUGUAGAUAAGUUCAUGACCUCACCUUUUUGCAUCUAACCCUUUUCUGUUCCCUAUUAUUAAUUGUUUAUUGAACUGAUGUGAUUGUGGAGGUAUAAAAGUAAGAAAUGAGGUUGGACUUCUCAUACAGCUUCAGUAUUAUCAGACUAAAUCCAGAUACUGUGCUCAUCGGCAUCAUGAUCAACGAGCGUCUCCUGAUUCUCACACUCACCUGCUAUGUCUUACUCUGGAUUGGAAACUGUGAAGAUUUAGUCGAGAUCCGUUCAGUUGAAGAUGACAUCAAGGCGCAGGAGGAAAAAGAGCUGAUCGAAGCUCUUCAGGAAGUCCUUGAAAAACUGAGGAAUAAACAAAAUCCAUCCACUGAGAAGAGGUUAGGCUGGGUUCCUUCGUGUGACGCAGGUGAGCAGUGUGUCAUUCGUAAAGGUGCUCGUUUUGGGAAGGUGUGUACCUGUCCUGGUGGAACCACGUGCAGCUUCUCCAUCCUGAAGUGUCUGUGAGGCGAUGUGGCUUUUCUCCUUUACUAUAUCUCCCAACUGUAAAUAGUGGCAUCCAUAAAUUAAAUAAAUGCAUUUUAUAAAUAUCACCUUUAAUGGUGUUCUUAUGGCAUGUCAAGAGAUCUUGCCAAUGGAGUCAACCUUUUUUAUACAGGUUUUCAAUCCAAUCACAUACAUCUGAUAGUAAAGUGUCUCAUUUUAGGAUCUAACAGUGGCUCUCUGCUACUCCUGGGAAUUAAACUGACCACCUUAAACUGACCUCCAGUCAGUUCUGACCUCUGGUCACUUCUGUGCUAGUGAGCGCGACUUACAAAUCCUACAAACCGUUGA